ACGAAGGGAGCCGGAGGAGGUGGCGUCCAACGGGAGGUCGCGCAAGGGAGGCGGGGAAGCAGCAUGGCAGCGGCUUCAAUGCUCCGCGUCUCCGUCAGUUGGCUGCACAGGCACAGGAAAGUCUAUGCAGACAGUAUUGCAAUGGUGUCUUCCAGGGCAAUGGCUUCCAAAACCAAUGUUGGAUUCAUUGGUUUGGGUAACAUGGGAAAUCCAAUGGCGAAAAACCUUAUAAAACAUGGUUAUCCUGUUAUGGCGUAUGAUGUAUUUCCAGAAGCAUGUAAAGAAUUUCAGGAGUUGGGUGCACAGGUGACUGAUUCCCCAGCAGAUGUAGCAGAAAGAGCUGACAGGAUUAUUACAAUGCUUCCGUCGAAUCCUAAUGCAAUAGAGGUUUACACUGGCACCAGUGGAAUUCUCAAGAAAGUGAAGAAAGGUUCUUUAUUGAUAGACUCCAGUACUAUUGAUCCUGCAGUUUCAAAAGAACUAGCUAAAGAAGCUGAAAAAAUGGGAGCUGUUUUUAUGGAUGCCCCUGUUUCUGGUGGUGUUGGAGCUGCUCGUGCAGGAAACCUUACAUUCAUGGUUGGGGGAGUAGAGCAAGAAUUCGAUGCUGCAAAGGAGCUGCUCACAUGUAUGGGUUCCAAUGUAGUCUAUUGUGGAGAAGUUGGAACUGGACAGGCUGCAAAAAUCUGCAACAACAUGCUAUUAGCCAUCAGUAUGAUUGGAACUGCUGAAACCAUGAAUCUUGGAAUCAGGUUAGGGCUUGACCCAAAGCUGCUGGCCAAAAUCCUAAAUAUGAGCUCAGGCCGUUGUUGGUCAAGCGAUACUUACAACCCUGUGCCAGGAGUCAUGGAAGGUGUACCUUCUGCUAACAAUUAUCAAGGUGGCUUUGGAACAACCCUGAUGGCCAAGGAUCUUGGCUUGGCCCAGAUUUCUGCUACAAACACAAAGACGCCAGUCCCUCUUGGCUCUCUAGCCCAUCAGGUUUACAGGGUCAUGUGUGCCAAGGGCUAUGCCCAGAAAGACUUCUCAUCUGUGUUCCAGUUUUUACGCGAAGAGGAGAGCUUGUGAGAUCUCUUUUUUGACAAUGGACCCUGUUACAAACAAAACUGUUUGGAGCCUCCUUGCAGAUUACUCAAUAACGACAUAGGUUUAAUCAAAGAUCAUGAAUCAUGAUCUCACCUGCCUCUAUUUGCUGGGGUCUCAGCCAACUCCAGGAUUUAUUGUCUAUUAUUUGAAAGAUUAUGGGAAAGGUGUUUUUGUUAAAAAAUCAUCUAACAAUACAUAACUGACUUAGGGCACAAUCCUAUGCAAGUUUAGACAGUAAAAAAGCAUUACAACUCCCACCAUGCCCCAAAUUGUAAGACUUUUUCCUGUCUAAACAUGCAUAGGAUUGAACCCUUGAAGAAAGAACCUUCAUAGGGUUUUAGCAAAAUCCUGCAUAUACUGUAUGUAUUUGCACACAAAACUGAUGGCAUAGUUCUAAACUGUGCAAACAUAACUGUGAUUAAAGGGGCUGAUGCUGAGCUUCCCAUCUAAAUAACCAACCACUUUGUCUUUUUUUUAAAAAAAAUGUUAUUGCAAUGAAGAGUUUUCCUGAUAGAUAUUUUUUUAAAUGUAGCUUUGGCCUCAGUAUAAAUGGUGGAUUUCUCAUUGGUGGGAAGCUGUCUUAAGAAAUGUUUGCAAGUUAUUGGAAAGUUGCUGCCCUUAUGAUUAUAAAUGUUAACACUGUGUGUGCAUAUUUAACACUAUUGUUUGCUAACCUAAUUGUAUACGUUUUUUACCCUUUUCACACAUUUUCAAAAGGUUCGUGUCUACUAACCUCACUGAAAGGCACUUGCUUUACGCAUAUACUGCAAUAUUAUAAAUCUAAAUAAAUAAACCCUAUUACUUUGAAAUCAAAUAAAAUCCAAGAUGGUGAA